AUGGAUUCGCAGAGUCCAAAUUUUCGGUUUACGGAUACGCAAAAUUCCGUUUUGCCGGUUUCGGCUUUUUCCACUUACAGCUUGUUGAGGAACUGCAAUUAUUUAUUAUCGGCACAAUCUCAAGAACCUCAUUUUAAAUCAUUCUUAAACCCAGAUUUGUCGAUACGAUGCCCGUCUACAGAAAAUACAAGCAAAUCCUUUUUAACACCAUCUUCGAUACUGAGAUACCAACCGUCAUUCCAUUUUUUACCAGAACAAAUACGUUCUCGAACACCUCCUGAUAUAUCUCAAUAUUCACCUUUAUACGAUUCAUCUAAUAACAGAAGACAACGAGGUGAAAAGAAAGCUAUACCGGACGAACAAAAAGAUGACAAAUAUUAUGAGAGGAGGAGACGUAAUAAUCAAGCGGCUAAAAAGUCGAGAGAUGCCAGAAAAAUGAGAGAAGAUCAGAUCGCUCUGAGGGCCACAAUAUUGGAACACGAAAACGCCAUAUUAAGAGCUCAAGUUUUAACUCUUAGAGAAGAAUCUUCAUCUUUGAGACAGAUGCUGUUACAGAAAAAAGCCAUAGAAAUUGGGUCGAGGGAUCCACAACUCUGCAUUUCUUGA